AUGGCACCCAUAUCGCCUGGGUCGAGUGCUCGUAAGCCUCGGAAAACGAAGAAACCCACCGACUUGACAAACCUACACCGAUACGAACCCUUCACGAGGCGCAUCUCGAGACUGAAGAUUGACCCAGUCCAUAAGGUGGAAAGAAGAAGGCCUACAAACGAUGAAACGGACCUGACUCAGAGCUACUUCCGAUCCGCUCUAGAAGAAUGGGCAGAAUUAAAUCUGUCGCACACAUUCACGAGUUUCCUCAACAAGGCGAGCCCUCUCAGCGAAAAUCUUCCUCAGUUGUUGCACCACGCAGACAAAAUCUUCGAAUUACUCCUGCAACACAUUGAGAAGAAGGAUGCUUUAGCACUGGAGCCCCUGUUGAGUCUCGCUGCACAUCUUGCACAUGAUCUCGGGCAAAGAUUUGAACACUAUUUCUCAAGAAUGGUUAUCUUGGUCGCCCAAGUUGCUGCUUCCCACGACAGUGCCGACGUGAUCGAAUGGUGCUUUACGUGCCUGGCCUGGAUGUUCAAAUAUCUUUCAAGGCUACUGGUUCAGGACCUCCGACCUCUGCUCGACAUCAUGAUUCCGUAUCUGUCAUCAAAGAAGGACUACAUUGUUCGCUUCAGUGCUGAAUCUCUUGCGUUUCUCUUGAGGAAGGCCGCGGUCAUGUACCCAAAGAAAAAGUCGCCUCUAACCUUGGCUCUACGACAUCUCUUGGAUCGAAACAACACCGGCCCUGUAACUCCCGUUUCGUACCAGAUUGGUGUCAUGAGCCUUUGUGCCGAAAGCGCAAAAGGGAUUGAUGGGACUUUGCACUCCAGCGCCGAAUCACUUCUACAGUGUUUGAUAGCAGUGUCCAGGCCCUUGUGUCAGGAACAAGAGACCCGGUCGAUCGUCGAAGGCGUUCUUGUUGCUCUCAUACACGACACCGACAGUGCUGGGUUUUCUCCAGUCGUGGACGUCAUCCUAGACACGGUACGACAAUGCGCGGCGUCCUCAGAGCCUGCUCAGAUUUUAUUUGGGUUGAGACUGCUCACAGUCAUUCUGGGCACUAGAAAAGGCACUAGGAUCUCUUCCUGGAAGGACGUGGUUCAAGUGUACUUCCGCAUCUUUGAGGCCGCGAUGCAGCUGCUUGACGAUUCCAGUUACGCCGAGGGAGACUCAAACCUUCGACUUCAUACCGCUCAGACAGUGCUCUCGGUCUCCGCUGAAGUCCUCACGUUCGCUCCCAUGGAUCAAUUACUCCCUCACUCCCUGACAAUCUUGGCGCUUCUGGAAAAUCGUCUCGUUCCUGCUCAGUUCUUCGCGUUUUGUACAGUUUGCGCAGAACUUGGGACCGAUCGAUUCCAGGAUCUAGUGCUCCCGCGUCUUCAGCAAUACCUUAUCACUCGCUGGUCUGAUGAUCGAAUGGGAACAUACUACCUACUACAGAACCUAAGCCAUGGUGAAGUCAUUUUCCAUCGUACAGCUGGCUCUGCAGCUGUCGACUAUCCUUCUGGUUUGGUGGAUGCGCUCAUUCAUUCAUUCUGCGCGGGCAGCAGUCUAGGCAAUGAUACGGAGGUGGAGCAUUUCGUGGGACAGAUCUACUCUUUGCGCAACGCCCGAUCUCUCCGAGAGCACCAUCAAGUUCAAGCAUUAUCCAAUGGCUAUCAGAAAGCUAUUGCCCAAGCGCUACAGGAUCAUAGUAGUGCCCUUGAUCUUCGCCGCAGAGUCAUUCUUGGUUCCGGAUUGAAGACCUAUAUCGACCUUGUAUCGAACGACGACAGCCGGAAAAACGACCUAUUCUCGCUUCUACAGACAACUUCACCGGAGUAUUUUCGCCUGCCUGCUUUUGUGGCUGCUACGAGCCAACUGUUCGAAGACGUGAAUAUGAAGGACCAUCAUCGCGAGGUAAACUUCGACAGCAUACGUUAUGUGCUACUCGAGAACCUGCUAAGUUCUUCAAAAAAUCUCAAGAUCGGAACACUAUCUUUGCUCUCGCACAUCAAGGAUACAGGAACCGAUGACUGGCUCUCAGAAACGGUGGAUUUAAUGCAGGAUAUCCUUCAAACUCCCUACGUGCCCUCCGAAGCUCGCAAGAUAGCAAUGUUCCUCCGUCGACUUCCUCAACGUCAGAAGAAGCUUACACCCGGUUCUCCCCUAGAAAACAUGAUACCGUAUUUCUGCCUUGGACUUGUGUCGACUUAUCAUGACCAGACGAGACAGGAAGUCUGUUCCGUUUUGGCGCAAAUUGUUGAGGUCAGCCCUGUGGAAGAAGCCGUGGUCAAUGUUGCCAUUCAAUGGCUUCAGUCGCCUGCCCAUCUUUCGCUUGUCCAGCGCAAUGUUUACUCGCAGUCGAAACCAAAUUAUUCCAUGUUUGAGUCUGCAGAUCUGUCGAGCUUGGAGGCGCGAUGCCAGAAAGCCCUCGAAGAUUUUUCCUAUUCAAAAGACCGAUUCAUCAAGCUGGUUGAAGCAGAGCACAGCAUCGACCAUACGAGAAGUCCCGAAAAUGGACGAGCUUUGGCGCUCCAGAUCCUGUCAUCGAUAUCUGCAUCUGCGGAACGCCGAUCACGUUUACUGGUACCAGUGUUCCUAUCUGCUCCAAUGACUCGUGAGCAGGCUCAACAGAAGUCAGGCUCGGAUACGUCGACCUCAUCGAACACGCUUGGUCCAGAUGUGGACGAUAGCGAGUGGUCUCUUUCUGAUCGCAAAGCUCUGUUGGCGCUGUUCAGCAAGUUUGUGAAUCCCAAGGUAUUGUUCAGGUCGUCAGAAGUCCACGAAAAAUUGCUCGAACUUCUCGGCAAUGGCAACCUCGACGUAAGGAAGCUGGCACUUCAAGCAAUUUUAACGUGGAGGCAACCUUCCUUGACUCGGUAUGAGACAAUUUUAUAUCAAGUUGCUGAAGACAAAUCAACUACUACUGAGUUGGGUACCUUGUUAGAUGCCUCAGAAGAAGAAAGCGCUGUUAAGUCUGAGGAUCGUGCUGUCAUCCUUCCAGUGCUUCUGCGGCUGAUAUUCGGCGUCAUUGUUGGGAGGGCUGGCACCGUAGGCUCACAAGAAGCGAGAAGAAAAUCUAUCAUCCGCGUACUAUUUCGUAUGCAAGAGUCUGAAGUCGCAAUGUUUCUGGAUAUUGCCCUGGGCAGAUUGAGAGAUGUGAAGAUACUCCCUGAUCGGCCUGACAGUCUUUACGAAGAAAUUCUGCUUCCGGAAGACCAACAAUACGGUUUUCUGCGACUACUUCUGUCCAUGUUGGAAACUCUGCAAAGCCGAUUUGCCCCUUACGGUCGACAGGUGGUGGACGCAGUUGUGUUCUGUGUUAUUAGGGCCUCGACCCUAGCCAAAGCUACAGCUGCAUCCUCAGCCCUUUCGAGAAAUAUCAGGCGGGUAGGGUUUCAAUCCUUGGUACUUCUUUCUCGAGAUUGUCCCGACAUUCCGUGGUCCCAAUAUCUCCCAAGUCUCUUCGCCCAUGCUGUCACUCCUCGUCUUGGAAUUUUUGCGUCAGAAACGAGCCAGGGAAUCUCAGGUUUACUACGAUUGUUUGCUGCAUGGUCCCAGUCUCCGGAAAUGGUCAGCUUCCUUCGACAAUAUGAUAGGAAUGUUCCAAGCGUUCUAUGGAAGACACUUUCCUCCCCAGCCACACAAAACGAGGUUAAAGUUUUCAUCCUAGAAAACAUAGUUCUGCCAUGGGCGGCUAUCACUGAGGAUGAAGCAGCAUUGCCGAAUCAAGCUUCCGAAAUCCUCGAAGUGGAAGCGGAUGGACUUUUGACAGCAUUGGUGUGUCUCUUGGAGAAUACGCCGCCGAAGGAGAUCCUUCUCGCCAUCACUUCGGUCCUUCCUAAGAUCGCUCCAUUUGCCCACUCCCCGGAGUCGAAGCAAGCCACGCUUCGCCUGCUAACGGCUUUGUUGAAGGAUUCUGCACGUCGUCUACCCCCAAACGUCAAAAGUCAGCUCCUAAAGUCGAUCAAAUCUUUCCUCGAGACGAUAGAUGCCUUCCAAGACGAGGAAUUUGCUUCCAAUGUUCUUGACCUGGUAUCCUCUCUUUUCAAUUACUUCAAGGAUGAGGCAAAUCGCCAGAUUCUAUGUCAAGUCAUGGACAGGUUGUCCAAACUUGAUCCAGACCUUGUGCUCUCAGCACAGCUGUCUCGGGAUUUGAAUGCAGUGUCAACCAACCGUCUUGAAGAGAUUGACUUCGAUAAGCGACUCGAGGCUUUCCAAACGAUCAAUGAGCUCGAGGCGGAGGAGAAUCGCCCAAAGUGCUGGCUUCCGAUCAUUCACAACCUUCUCUUCUUCAUCAGGACCAUCGAUGAGUUUUCAAUCCGGUCUAAUGCCUUGAGUUGCCUAAAGCAGCUGAUAAUCAAAGCUUGUGGAAGCCAGAGAACAGAAAUGACAAAGCUAGUCACAAAUGUCGUCCUCCCAUCGGUGAAAAAGGGAGUUCGAUCUGAAUCAGAACUGGUUCGAGCCGACUUUGUUUCCCUAUAUGGCGUACUGGUUCAACAUGCACAAGGAGAACCAGAUCUUGAGAAUUUGAAGCCCUUGCUGGUUGGAAAUGAUGAAGAAGCGUCAUUUUUCUCCAACAUCCUUCACAUUCAACAGCAUCGCCGACUACGAGCUAUUAGACGACUUCUUUCUGAGGUUGAGAAAGGAGCUAUCAGUGCGCGCAAUAUCGCUGAUGUCUUCAUUCCGUUACUUGAGAUGUUCGUCUACGAUUCCGGAAGUGACGAAUCCGCCCAAAGCAUCAAAGGUCAGAGUAUAGCUGCAAUGGGUACUUUGCUCCAGUGGGUUGAUUGGAAGCAUUUCAAGGCCUUGUUGCACAAAUACAAAAGCGACAUCACUGCAACCGACAGUAACGAAAAAUUUGCAAGCCGACUUCUCAGCCAUGCGGCAGAUGCGUUGUCCGCAGCAAGGAACCACAGGUCGGAUGACAAAACGCUUGCUACUCCUUACUUGGCUCCAUCACUUCCUCCUAGCCAGACGAUUGAGAAUGAAUUACGGAAACACUUCAUUCCUAAAUUCGCCGAACUUGUGCAUUACAAAGAUGAAGCCGAAAUCAGUUUCCGUAUUCCAGUCGCGGUCACUACCAUCAAGUUGAUUACGAUGCUGCCGGAAGAGGAAGUCCAGAUCCUGGCUGCACCCAUCAUCCUGGAUAUCGCACACAUAUUGAGAAGUCGUACACAAGAAUCGAGAGACAUCGCACGCAAUACGUUGUGCCAGAUUGUUAUGCUUCUGGGACCGUCAAGUCUACAAUUUGUCUUGAAGGAGCUUCGUACGGCAUUGACUCGAGGUUACCAGCUUCAUGUUUUGUCAUUUACUCUCCAUGCCAUUCUCGUGACUCUUACACCAAACGUGCAGCUCGGAGACCUAGACUACUGUGUCCAAGAUCUGGUCGCAGUGAUAAUGGAUGAUACCUUUGGCACAGUGGGUCAAGAGAAAGACAAUCAAGACUAUGUGAGCAGCAUGAAGGAGGUGAAAAGCAACAAAAGCUAUGAUUCGAUGGAAUUGUUGGCCAAGUCAAUCAGUGUACAUUCGCUGUCAAGUCUGGUAUCACCAAUUCAGACUCUGUUGGUAGGAUCUCUGACGACAAAGCAAGUGAGGCAAGUUGAUGAACUUCUACGGAGAGUCGGAGCAGGUGUUUCACAAAACCCCGGGGCCAGCAAGCGGGAUCUGUUGGUGUUUGCAUAUCAACUUAUUCAAGCCAUCUACAAAGAGAAGGAGAGCGUCAAGGUUCGACAGCCAACCGUGGAAGAAAAAAGCCGACAGAGGUAUCUCAUCAAGAUGACUUCGGCGCAUAAGACGGUCACCAGCCAGACUUCAUCAUUACUGUACAAGAUGGCGCGAUUUGCUCUAGAUCUUGUUCGAUCUGUUCUCCAGAAGCAUGACGAAGUGCUGACCGUUGAAAACGUCCACGGCUUCCUUCCUGUCAUUGGUGAUGCUCUGAUCGAAGCACAGGAAGAUGUCAAGAUCUCUGCCAUGCGAUUGCUGUCUACCAUCAUUAAGUUGCCGAUGCAGGAACUUGACCAGAAUGGCCCCUUGUACGUGAUGGAGGCCGUCAGAGUCGUCAAGAAUUCCACAAACACCAACGAGGAAGCCGCUCAAGCUGCCCUAAAGCUUGUUGCUACCGUGCUUCGUGAACGAAAGCAGGUCAAAGUUCGAGAUCUUGACAUUGCCGAACUCCUUCAGAGAAUCACCCCCGAUAUUGAAGAACCAGAUCGACAAGGCGUAACAUUCAACUUUAUUAGAGCGGUGAUGGCUCGGAAGAUUCAAAUCCCCGAGAUCUACGAUGUGGUCGAUAAGAUUGGCAUCAUGAUGGUCACCAAUCAAGGUAAAGGGGCCCGCGACGUAGCGAGGGGUGUCUACGUUCACUUUUUGAUUGAGUAUCCUCAGAGCUCCUCGCGAUGGUCGAAGCAGCAGAAGUUUUUGAUGAAGAAUUUGGAGUACGAAUACCCUGAGGGUAGGCAGUCUGUCCUGGAGGCCAUUAACACUCUCAUCGCAAAGACAAAGGGAGAAGCUGCGCAGGAUCUGAACUCCACAUUCUUCAUUCCUGUGUUGCUCCGGAUGGCCAAUGACGAGAAUAAAGGUUGUCGGGAUCUUGCAGGUGCUUUGCUCGGACAGAUGUUCCGUUCAGCUGACAGCGCUCAUUUGCGAGAACUUCUCGGACCUUUACGUGCUUGGAUCGAGCAGGAUGACAAUAUUGCUCUGCAGAAAGUUAGCAUGCAAGCCUAUAAUAUUCUUCUAAGUUCCGAUGUCGGGCUGGAUGAAGCCGAUGUCACAGGUCUGCGCGACAACCUAGCUACAUCACUACAACACUCUACAGCAGAGAACGACGGCGAAGACUGGGAGUCAUUAUUCCAGGCUCUUCUGCUGUUGUCGAAGCUGGUUGAAUCCCGCCCAGAGGUGGUCCUCAACCAGAGGCAAACAAAACUUUGGGUGCCUGUAUGGAAGUCGCUAAGUCACCCACAUGCUUGGGUCCAAAGCACUUCGGCUGGGUUGAUUUGUGAAUUUUUCCGACAUUGUCUUGAAGCUGAUCAUUCGAAACUUCCGCUGACAUGUGAUCACGGUCUACGCCUCGAUCGAGACAGGUUCCUCGAAAUUCUGAAGGCCAGUGUCAGAAUCCUCCGACGUACCGAGGGAAACGAAGAUGUCAGCACUCAAGUGGUACAGAUUCUCCUGUUUCUCGGGCAAUGCAUGAAUGUCAAUGACUUGACCAUGGAGGUUGCCGACAAGUCUGUGGGUGACGACGAUGACGACAUGGAAAACGGUGCCGAAUCUGAGGACGAACGACCGACCCGGACGAAAAAGAUUCCAGGGCUUCAAUACCUUUUGGAUCAAGUGACGCGUAUCUUGAGGAUCGAGUCGACUUCUUUCACUUCGGCAGCGUUCCUUCCCAAGAAAUCAAGUCUGCUUCUUCUCUCUUCGUUGAUACCAGCCUUGUCGACCGCCAAGCUGAGUUUGCAAGCACACAGCAUUCUAGUCCCUCUUCAGCACUUGACCGAUCCCAGCACGAUUCAGCCCCGGUCUGCCGACCCGUCAUUUUCAUCCACCUAUCAAAACCUUAUCGAGUUGGCUCACGAAGUGAUGGAGAAGGUCCAGAACAAACUCGGGGACAGUGAAUAUGUAAAGACACUGACCGAGGUCAGCCGGACCAUGCGCAAGAGGAGAGAGGAACGAAGGACAAAGAGAAGGAUUGAGCGGGUAGCUGAACCCGAGAAGGCUGCACGAGACAAGAAGAGAAAGAGCGAUAGGAAGAAGGAGCGUAAGAAGGAAAUUGGUAGGUCUCAUCAGUCUAGACGACGAGAGGCCGGAAUGUGA